UUCAUUUCAUUACAAUAAUCCUGCUGAACGCGAUCACAACAGAAUCAAACUGCGGCUGCGAAGAAAAUAAAAUUCAUAAACAUGUUCAAACGAAAUUCUGUAUAUUUUUUCGUUUCUUCGAUCAUCUUACUCACUGCUGAAAUUCAAUGCUUUGAUAAUAAUGACUUGACUGCCAGUUUGAAUACUAUAAAUUCAUAUGCUACGCCAAACUCGAUUGAUAGUUUCAAAAAUGUGACAAAGGAAAAGUGUUUGAAAGUUUCGGGUAAUAUUGCUGCCUACGACGCCAUCGAACGGUCUGUGGGUGAAUUGAAAAAUUGUAUGUCAGGUUUGAUUGAUUUUAGUUUGUUGCACAAAGAAAUCGAAGAUGCAAAACCCACUGGCGAAUUGGACACUGUAUUCAAUAAAUACUGCCGAAAACGAGAUAUAGCUAUUGGAUGCUUGGAAAAUUUUACAACAACCUUGAAUCCUUGCCUGGAGCCAGACGAAAUCAAUACCAAAGAAACAAUUGUAAACAUUUUCAAAGGCAUCUUAAAGUUCGUUUGCUACAAAGACGGUGAUCAAAUUGCAUUGUUCAUAGCUGAAAAAGGACCUGAAUGUUUCGAAAAGAGCAAAGAUGCUUUGCUUAGUUGCAAAGACUCUUUGGUUAAUAGUUACAUGCCUUCGGGAACUGCUACUUCGGGAAGUAAUCAAUUGAAUAUUCCAACUGAAAUUCCACAAUUCGUUAUUGGCGAAAAGCAAUGCCAAGCAAUGGAUACGUUGCAGACAUGUGCUGUUGCAGCGUUGGAAAAAUGUGAAGAGUCAACACCAGCCAAUUUAGUUGAUGCAUUAUUUAAAUUUAUUCGCAAAGAAACACCAUGUGCCAAUAUAGCUCGAAGCAAUUAAAAUUAUUUCAUAUUCAAACUUUAUUGGAUUUGAGGUGAAAAGUUACAACAGUUUCUAUCGUAAUAAUUCAAUUACAAUAUGUUAAAUAUGUACAACUUUCAAUUUUUCAAUAAAAUAAUCUCCUAGGGGAAUUUAUCUGUUCGCGAAUAUA